CUGACACCAUGUGCUGCUCCCCUUGCUGCCAGCCCAGCUGCUGUGGAUCCAGCUGUUGUGGAUCCAGCUGUUGCCGUCCCAGCUGCUGCUGCCGCCCAUGCUGUGUGUCCAGCUGCUGCCAGCCUUGCUGCCGCCCCAUGUGCUGCUCCCCUUGCUGCCAGCCCAGCUGCUGUGGAUCCAGCUGUUGUGGAUCCAGCUGUUGCCGUCCCAGCUGCUGCUGCCGCCCAUGCUGUGUGUCCAGCUGCUGCCAGCCUUGCUGCCGCCCAUGCUGUGUGUCCAGCUGCUGCCAGCCUUGCUGCCGCCCAUGCUGUGGGUCUAGCUGCUGCCAACCUUGCUGCCGCCCAUGCUGUGGGUCUAGCUGCUGCCAGCCUUGCUGCCGCCCAUGUUGUGGGUCUAGCUGCUGCCAGCCUUGCUGCCGCCCAUGCUGUGUCUCCAGCUGCUGCCAGCCAUGCUGCCGCCCAUGCUGUGUCUCCAGCUGCUGCCAGCCUUCUUGCUGCUGA